CCGGGUUCCGGAUGAUUCCGGUGCUGCCCGCCCUCGCCCGUCGCUGACACCGCGGACGGCGGGUCCGCAGACCCGCCGCAGAGCCGACGACCGUCCAGCCGAGUCCCGCUCCUUCUCUGGGGAUGGCUCUUGGUUUUGCGCAAGCAUGAGGACUGUCCAAUAAAGGAAAACUUAAAGAACCAUUGUUACAGCUGUUUGGAUUUCCCCAAAGAAGAAAAGAAGGAAAGAUUAUCUGACCUUGUAUUCAGCCACGGUCUGAUGUUCUGUGACUGAGAAGCCAGCUGUUGACUCUGUUAUGAUGCCUUUGGAGAUGGAGCCCAAAAUGAGCAAACUUGCCUUUGGAUGCCAGCGGAGUUCCACAUCGGAUGAUGACUCGGGCUGCGCUCUGGAGGAGUACGCCUGGGUGCCCCCAGGCCUCAGACCCGAGCAGAUCCAGCUCUAUUUUGCUUGCUUACCAGAGGAAAAGGUUCCUUAUGUUAACAGCCCUGGAGAGAAGCACCGAAUUAAACAGCUUUUGUACCAGUUGCCACCACAUGAUAAUGAGGUGCGGUACUGCCAGACCCUGAGUGAGGAGGAGCAAAAGGAACUGCAGGUGUUCAGUGCGCAGCGGAAGAAAGAGGCGCUCGGAAGAGGGACAAUCAAGCUUCUGUCCAGAGCAGUGAUGCACGCCGUGUGCGAGCAGUGUGGGCUGAAGAUAAAUGGAGGUGAAAUUGCGGUGUUUGCCUCUCGAGCGGGCCCGGGAGUGUGCUGGCACCCAUCCUGUUUUGUGUGCUUCACGUGCAGUGAGCUGCUGGUUGACCUCAUCUAUUUUUAUCAGGAUGGAAAAAUUCACUGUGGCCGGCACCAUGCUGAGCUGCUCAAACCCCGGUGUUCAGCAUGUGACGAGAUAAUUUUUGCUGACGAGUGCACGGAAGCUGAGGGCCGGCAUUGGCACAUGAAACACUUCUGCUGCCUGGAGUGCGAGACGGUCCUGGGGGGACAGAGGUACAUCAUGAAGGACGGCCGCCCCUUCUGCUGCGGCUGCUUCGAGUCCCUCUAUGCAGAGUACUGCGAGACGUGCGGGGAGCAUAUCGGUGUGGACCACGCGCAGAUGACCUAUGAUGGGCAGCACUGGCAUGCCACAGAGGCCUGCUUUUCCUGUGCCCAGUGCAAAACCUCUCUGUUGGGAUGCCCCUUCCUUCCCAAACAAGGCCAGAUUUAUUGCUCGAAGACAUGCAGCCUCGGUGAAGACAUGCAUGCCUCCGAUUCCUCCGACUCUGCGUUCCAGUCGGCUCGGUCAAGAGACUCCAGGAGAAGUGUCCGGAUGGGCAAGAGCAGCCGGUCAGCAGACCAGUGUCGUCAGUCACUCCUUCUGUCCCCUGCUCUGAACUACAAGUUUCCCGGCCUGUCGGGCAAUGCUGACGACACCCUAUCUCGGAAGCUGGACGAUCUGAGCCUUUCCAGGCAAGGAGCAAGUUUUGUCAAUGAAGAAUUUUGGAAAGGCAGAGUAGAGCACGAAACCCCAGAAGACCCUGAAGAAUGGGCGGAGCAUGAAGAUUAUAUGACACAGCUCCUCCUCAAGUUUGGUGAUAAAAGUCUCUUUCAGCAGCAGCCCAGUGAGAUGGACAUUCGAGCCAGUGAGCACUGGAUAGCUGAUAACAUGGUUAAAAACAAGACCGAGUUAAAGCAAAACAACCAGAGCCUUGCAAGUAAAAAAUACCAGUCUGAUAUGUACUGGGCACAGUCACAAGAUGGGCUGGGAGACUCUGCUUAUGGCAGCCACCCAGGCCCGGCGAGCAAUCGAAGACUCCAGGAGUUGGAUCUGGACCACGGGGCUUCCGGGUACAGUCAGGGUCAAACCCAGUGGUGUGGAGACUCCCUGGAGUGCUUGUCAGACCUGAAACCAGAGCAAAGCGUUCGGGAUUCUAUGGAUUCUUUGGCUUUGUCUAAUAUCACAGGGGCGUCAGUGGAUGGAGAAAGCAAGCCGAGGCCGUCAUUGUAUUCUCUGCAAAACUUUGAGGAAAUAGAGACAGAAGACUGUGAGAAAAUGAGCAACAUGGGGACUUUGAACUCUUCCAUGCUGCACAGGAGCACAGAGUCCUUGAAGAGCCUCAGUUCAGAGUUGUGUCCAGAAAAGAUCCUGCCCGAGGAGAAACCACUUCACCUGCCAGUGCUCCGAAGGUCCAAGUCUCAGUCCAGGCCACAGCAGGUCAAGUUUUCAGAUGAUGUCAUUGACAAUGGAAGCUACGAGAACAUCGAAAUCCGGCAGCCACCAAUGAGUGAGAGAACUCGGAGACGGGUGUACCAUUUUGAAGAGAGGGGACCCAGGUCACAUCACCAUCGCCGCAGGAGAAGUAGGAAGUCUCGCUCAGACAAUGCCCUGAACCUUGUCACAGAAAGAAAAUACUCUCCCAAGGACAGGCUGCGGCUCUACACCCCCGAUAACUAUGAAAAGUUUAUCCAGAAUAAGAGUGCCCGGGAAAUCCAGGCCUACAUCCAGAAUGCUGACCUCUAUGGGCAGUACACCCACGCCACUUCUGACUACGCCCUGCAGAACCCGGGAGGGCCGCGAUUUCUAGGCCUCUACGGGGAGGACGACGACUCCUGGUGCUCCUCCUCCACCUCCUCCUCCUCUGACUCAGAAGAAGAAGGGUAUUUUCUUGGACAACCAAUUCCUCAGCCCCGGCCACAGAGAUACGCCUACUAUACAGACGACCUUUCUAGUCCAACUUCUGCACUCCCCACGCCUCAGUUUGGUCAGAGGACAACUAAAUCCAAGAAGAAAAAGGGACACAAGGGCAAAAACUGUAUUAUUUCUUAAUGUGGUAGCUGCGGAGAUUGUAUUUAAACUUAGCCAUUAACCAUCUUAAAUCAUAUCUUUUUUCUUCCAUAGGAAAGUUGCUAAAAUAGAUUCAAGUGCUUUGCCCAUGUAAAUGAGACCCCGACUGCUGUUUACAGUGUCAGAUUUAACCUUUGGAAGGUGUGAUUUCUCCACUUACCCUCCUUGGAUGGUGCCAGGUAGACAUGACCUCGUGUGUCUGUUGGGUGCAUCACAAUUUGACACAGCUGCUUUGGUCUCCAAACCUCGAGAGAUCCGCGAGAAGCUGUUGAGAGGUGAUUGGAUGGGGGUGUUGAUUUUUAGACAAUGAGAACUCGAGCCACCUUUGUCAAGCAAUAGUGUUUGUCGUCCGUCUGCACCAGAUUGACCCAGGUCCUGACAGUCUGUCCAGUCGUGUGGCAUGCACGUAGUCAUGUGCCCCAGCCAACACUGUGCGUCCCACUGUGCACGGCCACCUCGUCCCCUUCCAGCCCUGAUUAGCCAGGUAAACAUUAUAUUAGCUCCAGCUACAGAUGGAAAAGAACAUUGCUAUUUAUAAUGUAGUAUUUCAUAGACUUAAGUGUAUUCCUAAUUUAACGGUGCAAAUAUUAAUGUACAUACUGUACAGUUCAGAUUUUAAAGCUGAUAUUUUUAUAUCCCUGAAAUGUAAGAUGUUUGUUACACUGCAGUGCUAGAUUUGUUAGGGAACCAGAAACAGCAUUUAUGGAUGAAAUGAUUGCUUGUAUCUUAGUCAGGGUUUAUAAGUUUAGAUGGUCACAUUUAUAUUGCCUAGUGCUGGAAAGAUCUUUUUUUUUUUUUAAUUUUUCAACAUUAAAAAGGCUCUGUAUGCAUGGUGGGGCUAUGUAAAUACUCUUUAAAACUAUGGCCCUAUUAAUCUUACAAGUGUUAUUUAUGGGUCAAGCAAUGUAAACUGUAUAAAUGUAAAAACAAACAAAAAUAAUCCCACACAUACCCCUGGAAUAUAUGGUUAAAAACAAGGAGAAGCUGUUUGGGUGAAUAUUUUUUUCCCCUUGGGGAUGGCAAGGGGUGCCUUUCCCGUUUUCAGCAAGGUAGUGAUUAUCUCAAGGAAAGAGACCAAAAAACUACAAGGAUCUGCUCUCUGUGGCAGAGUGCUUUGUAGGUUGAUUCCUUUUCACCCCUCCCUUCCAGCUAAUUUGUUGGCCUUCUGGUUAUGUUAUUCUUUUAAAAUCUUUAAAUUAGAGGAUUCUGUGCUGCUGGCUACUUAAAGUUAAUCUGGGGUUCUGUUUGAAGGGGGAAUUACAUUGGAUUUGAACUGACAAGCUAGUACUUUGAUAUGGGUCAUUCUUGCCCAUAUGUUUCAGUCGUAACUUAGUGUCCUAGUGGUAUCUCAGACCCUUAGGAAGGUAUUUAAUAAAUGCUUAAUCAAUAACAAAUGACCUUUCUGAACAAGAUCUCUUCAAACACAUCCAGAUCACAUUCAUUUUGCUCCUCUGACUAGCCUUGCUGUUCUACCAUUAACAGACCAACGUUUGACUCCUGCACGUCCACGUGCCCUACUAGCUUGUGUGAAAUAGUACUUGAGGCAUAGAGGCAGAGCCGCCCACAUGUACUGGUGUGGGAAAAGCUCUUGGGCCCUAGGAGGGCAGACCUGAAUCCAAUAGGAAAACCAGCAGUCAACAGCAUCCCCUGUACUCACCCCUGGAUAGGGCAAGGCUUGGUAUCCAGGCUAGACAGAGCCCUUCAGAAGCACACCAAGGUGGGGGAGAUCUUCUCAAAAACUUCAUUAUCAUCUCCCUGUUCUGAUUCAUUUUAAAAACAGCAUUGCAAAGAAAAUGCAUGCACAUGGUUUAAAAAAAAGCGAAAGACAUGAAGUAUCUCCUUUCCACUCUCCUUCCCUUGGUUCCCCUCCCUAGAAGUAACCACUGUUACCCAUUAGUUGUGUAUCCUUCAGAUGUUCAAAGCAUAUUCACAUUAAUGUAUCUUUUUAAAAUGGCAGGAAACUAGACCAGCUAAGACUUGCUUUUCUCACUUUACAUGUGGGUAUUCCACGUUAGUGCAUAUAGGUCUACCUCACUCUGUUCUUGCAAUGACUUCAUAAUAGUCUGCUUUUGGAUAUACCAUAAUUUAUUUCACCAGUCCCUUGGUGAUGGGCUUCAGUUUUCUCAUAGACACUUUAUCCUUCAUUGGCACAUAUGCACAUAAAUUCUGAGUAGCACGGUUACUGGGAGAAAGGUUAUGCGUUUACAAUUUUGAUGGCUGUCGCCAGUUUUCCUCAAGAAGGCAAUCUCUUGAUCCUCAUUUACAAUGCAAGUGCUUGUUCCCUCACGAUCUCACAUGACAGGAGCAGGUUUCCAGAUUUUGAAGAUCUUUUCAGAACCUUUGCUGCAAACAGUGGGCAUCCUUUUAGAAAAGACCUUUGCCUUGAAAGGGUGGAUAAUGAAAUACUCAGCCUUACUUGGCCUGGAGAAAGGCAGGUAUAAGCUGAAGUCACUGUCCUCAGUAGUUUUCAAGUCCUAGUUGCUUUUGCUCCUCCUAGUAAUCACCCCAUUCAUUUCUUCAUUUCCUUACAUAAGGGUUAUAUCGACUGCCAAAGGUUUAAGGAAAUGCAGAAAUAUUUAUUCACAAUAAUAAUGUAAGCUUUGAAGCUUUUAAAUCUUGGUUGAUAGCAAUAACAAAGAAGACUGACUGUCUACAAAGGAAGAAAGAAGCAGCUGCCCUGCAGCCCUGUAAAGAAUUAGGCUAGAAAACUAGGCCUACAUUUGCUAGAAGGUGUUCAAAGAUUUCGUUAACAAAGUGUUUGGUCCGUCACAAAACUCAAAAUUUAGCCCCAAGCUAAGUAUCAAAUACUGAAACACUGCCUCUGGUCUCUACAUGGGUGAAGCAGAAGCCCAGUGAUUGCCUUUUCCUCACUUCAGACCAAACUGGAGCACAUACAGCCCGUGGAGGGAUGCUGAUUAAGUCAAUGGGCGCUGCUUUCAGUCCUCAGUAAGAGAAGGACUCACCUUGUGUAUGUACCUGAUCUCCUUGACACUCAGCUUUCUAGUUCCUGAGUUAAAUAAGUAUCACAAGUGCAAGGAGAGAUUUGCUGUCCGGUGGUGCUAGUGCUAAAGGGCCCACCUGCCAGUGCAGGAGAUGCGGGUUCAGCCCCUGGGUCAGGACGGUCCCCUGGAGGAGGAAAGGGCUACCCACUCUAGUCCUGUUGCCUGGAGAAUUCCUCGGACAGAGGAACUUGGUGGGCCCCAGUCCACAGGGUCGCAAAGAGUUGGGUGCAACUGAGCAUAGUUCUCACGUUAGAUCCAAAGCAUAAGCCAUUGUAAGACAGAAGUAAAACUGGAAUGAGCACUGAAGACGGCUAGAUGUCCACGUGUGGCACGUGGCCCUGCCCUGUGUGGUCCUCGGGUGGCGGGCCAGGCAAGUUAGAACAGGUGUGGAGGUGCCGUGGGACGGCCGACGUGGGGUGGGCAGGCUGCGGCUGAGCGCCGCGCUCCUGUGGAGCACGCGACUGCUGCCGGGCACGGGAGAAGCAGUGCUAGGACGUCAGUCUUUCCAAAAGCAGCCAAGAACUUGAACUCUGGUAAAACGUCUCCCACCUUCUCAAUGCUAGCAACUAAUUCAAACAUUUCUGAAGCCCUUUGAGCAAAAGGAACCUGCCAUCAGCGCAUGGGUUAUAAAUUUAAGUACUUGAAGUCAUCCCUUAGAGCUGUCUAGAGGAGGCACAACUAAUUACUAUUUACAGAAAGAUGUGACUUUUUUUUUUGAUGUUCAAGGAAGAAAAAUUAUUGGGAUUUCAAAAAAUUCCACUAAAAGCCUUAUUAUCAGAUUUAAUGUUAGCAACACAAUUAUAAAAAAGGGCCUUUUUAAUUUGUCAAAUGAGAAAAUUGCCUAGUUAGAUUCUCUAGCUGUUCUUUGGAACUUUCUAACAAGGCAUGCUCCUGAACAGUCGUGUGGGUUUUCUGCUCGCGCUCAGAGCACUCGAGGAAGGCUUCCAGGCUCACUGGAGAAAUAAGCAGGAGCAACUGAGUUUUGCAUCUCUGAGCUCUGGCAUCUCUAUGCCAAAAUCAGGGUGGUAACUUUACUAGGGGAAGAAAGGUGAAGGGUGGCUUUCGCAGCUUACAAAGGAAGUGUAGAGGACAAGUAAGACAUGGGGUAUGUGUGUAUAGACUUGCUCAUAGGAUUACAGCCAGUCUUCUUGCUUGAACAGACCAAGCUAGCUGGUCAGAUUCCCAUUUGAGAGAUCAGUUUUAACCUCAACUCAUUUUUACAAAAGAAAUCUCACAUCCCUGCUGCCGUAUGUGCACAGGCGCUGUUAGGGCAACUGAGAAGGAACUUGCAGAGCAUUCUCCAGAAGCACUUGAUUCCAGACAACAUGAACAGUAUCAUCAAGAAUAUGAAACUAGUUCUCCUAAGUGCUAUCACUUGUUUUAGCAUGUUUAGGUCAACAAACUAAAAGCAACUGAUGUUGGAAAAAGUGAUUACUAGUCUAAUAUAGACCUGCCACAAAGUUGAUGUUGGAGAGAUGCAAAGCAUGCUAGACUCUAGAAUUCAGGGGAUGUGGGUUAGGAGACUCCCCUCGCUCAUUAACUCAGGCGGGUUGAGUGCUGUGACCCAGUUUCCAUUUCUGUAAAAUGAGAGGUGCUCAACCAUCUCAAAGGCUUCCUUCCAGCUUUGGUAUUCUGUGAAGACCAAACUGAAUUUAUUGGGUAGCCAGCAGACAGGUCACCCACUCAGCAUAAAGUGUCAUUUCCCUUUUCUGACUCUUCAUUUACCAAGAUACUUGGCAAAGAUUCCUGAAAGGAUGAUCCUUCCAGAGACCAUGGCUCCUGGGAGUUGGUAGCUUUAAAGACGAUUGGUUUUAAUGCUUGGGACUCUUGAGUGGGCAUGAAGUUUGGCAGUGGUUAUCUCCCUCUAGGUGCAUAUGCUUCAAAGGUUGGCCUUUUCCUUUCUUAAGUAAGCAGUCUGGAAAUGGCAUAGAGAAUAUGGAACACAAGACAUUUUCCUCCCUCGUGUUGUAUUUUUCCCCCAAUUACCAAGAUAAAAUGAUUUUUUUUUUUUCUACAAUGCAGUUAGUGGCAGUCUGGAAUCUCUGAACAUGUUGUAAGCAAAGCUGAAAGAGUGUUAACUAUGUUUAAUUAAUGCUGGCUCCCAGUAUAGGAGAGUUGAAUUACCAGGUUUAUUCCCCUUAACUGGCUCUUCUCAAACCACUGUGGGUCCAGGUACCACACUAAAGAGCUGAGUUCCAGGCUGUGUGGUAACUGGGGGCUGUAACCCUACCUGCCCCUUAACAACCACGUCUCACGAACCUGUCAGAUGUUUUCUAAAUUAACUCCGAAGCAGAAGUCAUAGAAAUCAACAUAGACGGUAGUAGUGACUGAAUACAGGUGAAAUCUACUGAGCAAGGAUUUUAUCACAAGUUGUUUGUAAGUUAUUUUUAUAUAUUGCCCAUCGCAAACAUAUUACACUGUAAAUGUACAUACCAACAGCUAGUGUGUCCUGGAGUCACCACUGGAACCUAGUUCUGAAUGACCACUAAACUUCUACUUCUUUUAAGAACACUAAAUUUUAAAGUUGAAAGAUAGGGGUAAAACACUAACUGUGCCCCUUCCAGCUAUAUGACCUUAGGUAAGCCCUUAAUUGUAAAGUGAUUGGCUU